CAGAAGAAGGAACAACAGCAGCAGUAGCAGUGAAGUGGAAGAAACAUACGUGGAAUUUCGUUAAGCCUCUCUGUGUUACUGUAUACGUUCCACAGGUAAGCGGUAUGCUGCUCGUCUAUCCUAGGCAAAGCUAGUGACAAGCUAGAGUCUAGUAACCAGUGACAACAUUAUUGUGCAACGUUUAUUCCAGAAAGUCCAGUAUUUGGACAGAGGGUACUAUUUCUUCCCGAGUACGCGUGAUUGUCUGUUUUUGAAAGUGAAAGUUUCUUUUAUAUAAGACAAACCAGUUUAACGGCAAUUAUGAAACAGCUUGCGCUAACCUUGGGACUGUUCGCAGUAGUGGCUUUCAGUCAGCGGGUCGUUCCAGGAGUGAAUCCAAACCAGUAUCAGCAACAACAACAACAAGGACAAUACCAUCAACCUCCUCCGCCACAGUACAAUAAUCAGCAACCCCCACAUCAGCAACAACAACAACAACACUAUCAACAACCGCCUCAAUACCAACAACAGCAACAGGUUCCAGUACAGCAACAGUACCAGCAACCACCCGCCCAACAUCAACAACAUCCCGGUCAGGCACCACAUCAGGGUCAACCGCAGCAGGUGUUGCACACAAACAAUCUACAGCAUGAGAAGCAACACAUCGCCGAGCAUAUGGAUGUUCCAAUCGAUACCAGUAAAAUGAGUGAACAGGAACUGCAGUUCCAUUACUUCAAGAUGCACGAUUCGGACAAUAACAAUAAAUUGGACGGUUGUGAGUUGAUCAAAUCGCUGAUUCACUGGCACGAGGAAAGCAAAAACCAGGAACCGCACGGCCAAACUUCCCAGGACAAAAUCUUCUCCAACGACGAACUGUCCGCUUUGAUCGAUCCGAUCCUAAAUUCGGACGAUUACAACCGGGACGGCUUCAUCGACUAUCCGGAGUUUGUGCGGGCGCAGCACAAGGCGGCCACUCAGGAUGGAAAACCGUCGCAGUGAUCGCGGCAAUCUCGAAUUUGAUUUUGUUUUCCAAACUUUGCGUUGCACAAACAACCGAAACCGAGCCAUAAGUCAUUACUGAACUGUCGUGAUCGUGUUGUCCCCAUGGUCCAUGAACGAACAUUCCGAGACUAUGCUGAAGAAUAUUUUUAACUGCACAAAAUGUAUUACUCUCUCUCUCCGAGCGAUUAUGUGGCUAUGUUGAAACGAAACAAAAAAUCCUUAUUGCUGACAUUCUUACUCUUAAAAUAUCUCAGUUUUUGAAUGAAUCAAGUUACGAAUGAGUGCGUAUUUUUGUAAUUGUAAAACAAUAAGAAUUUUGAGAUGCACAGGAUUGAUUGAAAAUACAAAAAAUAACAAUGAGGGAUGUUGAUGUACAUAUAGA